UCGACACCCGCUCUCUCCUGACGUCCCACCGACGGGGGUCGCCAUGGUUCACUUCUUGCACCCGGGCCUCUCCCCCCGGACUCUCGUCCCGCCUGACGCUCAGAAGGAUGCGCUGGGUUGCUGCGUGGUGCAGGAGGAGGCAUCUCCCUACACUUUGGUCAACAUCUGUCUGAACGUCCUGAUUGCUAACUUAGAGAAAUUGUGUUCUGAAAGAUCUGAUGGAACCUUGUGCCUUCCGGACCAUUGGAAUUUCCCUCAGGAAGUAGCUGAUCGAUUCCUUGGGGUAAUGACGUGGCAAGGCAAGCUGACUGAUAGAACAGCAAGCAUUUUCCAAGGCAACCAGAUGAAACUGAAGCUGGUCAAUAUUCAAAAAGCUAAAAUCUCAGCAGCUGCAUUCACAAAAGCCUUCUGCCAUCACAGAGUCCUUGAGCUAGAUGCCACUGCCGUGCACACUGACCUCCCAAUCCCAGACAUCAUAAGUGGACUCUGCAGCAAUAGCUGGAUCCAGCAAAACCUUCGGUGUCUCCUGUUGGACUCGGCAAGCAUCCCUCGAGAUUCAAGACUGCUAUUCUUUGGUCAGCUCACUGGUCUUCGCAUUUUAAGUGUUUUCAAUGUUUGUUUUCAUAGUGAAGACCUGGCUAAUGUUGCUAAGUUACCAAAACUGGAAAGCUUGGAUAUCUCCAGUACUCUGGUCACUAACAUCUCUGCACUCCUUAUGUGUAAGGAUCGACUCAAAUCUCUGACAAUGCACUAUCUGAAAUGUCUGACUAUGACCAAACCACAAAUUCUUGCAGUUAUUAGAGAACUUAAAUGUCUGCUUCACCUUGAUAUUUCUGAUCACAGGCAACUCAAAUCAGAUUUAGCUUUUCAUUUGCUGCAGCAAAAGGAUAUUCUGCCCCAUAUUGUGUCACUGGAUAUUUCAGGGGGCAGUUGCAUCACCGAUGGAGCUGUAGAACUGUUUAUACGGCAGCGGCCUGCGAUGCAGUUUGUGGGACUGUUGGCUACGGAUGCUGGUUAUUCUGACUUCUUUACUGCAAAGCAAGGCUUGAGGGUUGCUGGAGGAGCCAAUAUGAGUCAGAUCUCAGAAGCACUGAGCCGAUACAGGAAUAGGUCAUGUUUUAUGAAGGAAGCACUCUACAGGCUCUUCACCGAGACAUUUUCAAUGCAGAUAACCAUGCCUGCUAUUUUAAAGCUUGUGGCUGUAGGAAUGAGGAAUCAUCCAUUGGAUUUGCCAGUGCAGUUCACAGCCAGUGCUUGCGCCCUCAACUUAACACGCCAGGGCCUGGCCAGGGGGAUGCCCGUUCGUCUGUUGUCAGAGGUCACCUGUCUGCUUUUCAAGGCUCUGAAAAAUUUCCCCCAUUACCAGCAGUUACAGAAGAAUUGUCUUCUCUCCUUAACUAAUUCCAGGAUUCUUGUGGAUGUUCCCUUUGACAGGUUUGAUGCUGCCAAGUUUGUGAUGAGAUGGCUCUGUAAACAUGAGAACCCCAAGAUGCAAACAAUGGCAGUGAGCAUCACUUCUAUUCUAGCCCUUCAGCUCUCACCUGAGCAAACUGCACAACUUCAGGAAGAGCUCCUCAUGGCAGUUAAGGAACUUCUAGCAAUAGUAAAACAAAAGACUGCUGAGAAUUUAGAUGAUGUCACCCUCUUGUUUACUUUGAAAGCCCUUUGGAAUCUUACAGAUGAGUCUCCAGCUGCUUGUAGUUACUUUAUGGAAAAUCAAGGACUGGCAAUCUUCAUCCAAGUCUUGGAGACUUUUUCAGAGUCAGCAAUACAAAGCAAAGUACUUGGUCUUUGGAACAACAUAGCUGAAGUUAGAGAACUUUCUUCCAAACUGGUGACUGAAGAUGUGCUGAAACACAUUAGCAGCUUGCUCCAUAGCAAAGAAAUGGAAGUCAGCUAUUUGGCUGCAGGCAUCAUAGCCCACCUGACAUCUGACAAACAGCCCUGGAUGUCCCAAGACCUUCAGAGGAGUGCUCUUCUCCAGGAUCUGUAUGCUACCAUCCAGAAUUGGCCAAGUUCAAGUUGUAAGAUGACAGCAUUGGUGACUUACAGAUCCUUCAAGGCAUUUUUCCCACUCCUUGGCAACUUCUCUCAACCAGCAGUUCAGCUCUGGGCACUAUGGGCAAUGUAUCAUGUCUGCAGUAAAAACCCCAGCAAAUACUGCAAAAUGUUAGUUGAAGAAGAAGGAUUGCAGCUUUUGUGUGACAUCCAGGAGCACAGUGAGGCAGACCCCCAAACACAGCAGAUUGCAACCUCCAUUCUAGAUGACUUCAGAAUGCAUUUCAUGAACUAUCAGAGACCCCCUCCUCUGUGUUGAAUGCCCUUCUUAAUCUGUGGGGCUUCAGAGGUGCUCUCUGUUCUCAUUGUCAGGACUUCUGCCUUGCCAGCAAUUGGUUUGUGUAGUAUCUCUGUUGUACAGAGGAAGAAACUUGGAGGCUUCUUAGAACCUUUUGCCAUCUCUGGUGAGCACCUAAUAACUGAGAGCCAGAGGUCAGGCCUGAAAGCCAACAAGAAAAACGCCCCGAGUGGUCUGUUUUAA